AUACUUCUAAGAUUUAGUGAUGACCUGGAAAUAAAAGAUAAAUAUUACAAAAAUGUUUGAAAUCACAGACACACAAAAAAUCGGGGUCGGUUUAGCUGGAUUUGGCGUAGCUUUUUUAUUUUUAGGAGUUCUGCUUAUUUUUGAUAGAGGACUUCUUGCAAUUGGAAAUAUCUUGUUUAUCUGUGGUUUAACAUGCAUUAUAGGAUUCCAAAGAACGUACAGUUUCUUUUUUCAAAAACAUAAGGUUAAAGCAACCAUUGCAUUUUUUGCUGGGAUCUCUGUAGUCCUCAUUGGAUACCCAUUGAUAGGAAUGAUUAUAGAAACAUAUGGUUUCGUUCUCUUGUUUGGUGGAUUCAUACCUGCUACAGUACAAUUCCUAAGAAGGGUUCCAGUCAUCGGAAGUUUUCUCAAUCUCCCAUUUAUUUCAAGAGUAGUUGAUAAAUUAGAUGACGGGCGUACAAGGGAUGACAAUGCAUGAAGUGGACUUGAUUUCGUGACUCAUAAAAAAUAAUGUCAAUAUGAAGUUGUAAUAUUUUUGAAAUUUUCAUUAAAGAACUUGAAAAGGAA